UAAAAAACAGCUUGUAUCUAAUAAAUUUACUCAUUUCAAAUUAUACCAAAACCAAGUAAUAGUUUCAAAUUUUAAAAUUUUGGGUAGUUUAAAACUGAAGUGGUAUUUGUAAACCAAAAAAACAAGUAAAAUGUCAAAUGGUGAACUUCUUUACGUAAAAGGAAUGAAUCUUGUAAGUAAGAAUAAUUCAGAAACAGAAGAUGAGAAUGUUGAAGAAGACAUAUGGGACGACAGAAAACUAAACGAUGCAUACGAUAAAGCUUUAAAAAUUGCCAAUGCUGAGGUAGCAAAGCGCGUAGCUAUGUCCACUAAUACACAAAAUUUAGUUAAAAACCCUCAGAAAGACAAAACAACAUCAAAAAACGAAACUUCAUCUCAAAAACUAAAUGGUUCGCAAAGGAAAAGUGUUAAAUGGCAGGCGGGUAUGCCGUGCAGAGCUAUAUAUGAAGUAGAUGGCCAGGAGUAUGAGGCAUUUGUACUGAGACUUAUCAAUGAUAAGGAAUGCAUAGUUAAAUUCUUAGGUUAUGAUAAUUCAGAGAUAGUAUCCCUUAGCUCUCUCAAACCAACACAGGGUAAACAUGAACGCAUGCGACAAACACAACAGGCAUUAUGUGAUAAUGAUGAUGGGUUCGGAAGUCAACCACUGUUUGAGAAUAUGGAUUGUAGUGAUGCUGGUACGAGUCUUGGAAGUACAGAUGGAUCAUUCCAGAAAAAGAAAAAAUCACUAAACAAAAAGAAAAAUCAACGAAAAAUGAACUUACCUGAUAUACCAAUGUUUAAUCCUGCCAUGUUAGGAAAUUUGAAUUCAAUGGACAUGCCACUACCUCCUCCCCCUCCUAUAGGCUUUGGGUCAGAGCACAGCAGUUCAGAAGACCAGGCGCUAUCCUCAAUGUUGCUCAGCUGGUACAUGAGUGGGUACUACACCGGUUUAUAUCAGGGAAUGAAGAGGUAACUUUGUCCUGUAAAAACUAUACUCACUUUA